GUAACCUGCACACUGCCAAGGAGGACGCCAUUGCUGCUCCAAAAAGAAGCGGAAAGGCGCAUGCGCGUGAUUUUGUCUACGGCAAUUGAAAGGAAAACACCCAACAGUUCUGUAGAAGGUGAUGUCCUGUUUCAGCAGUCAAGCCACAUGAAAUUUGUUUUUCAUCUGAGAAAACAGAAGAAAGGGAAAACGAAACCUACAAAGAGUAAAGCUCUGGCACCUGACAUUCAGCGUAUAGCCUACCAACUGCGCGCUGAUCAACUGCACUUCCUCAGUGUACUUCCUUCUAAACACACUCAAAUCUCUCAGACACUCAGUCACAGUGUCGGACGCUGAACACACACGAUGAAGAGACGACAGACGCGUUAAGCUUCACUCUCAAAGAGUAUUACGGGUGAGCAGCACAAGUCAAGCAUCAAGAUGGAUUACAAAUAUGACAAUGGAGUAGAACUGCUGUUGGCUCACAUGAAUUUAGAAGACAUCAUCAACGCUGCAGAGACUCUAUAUCAGCUUGAGGAAGACGAGGAGGAAGGAGGCUUGUCAUUCGAAGAGGAAGGUCUCUCCCAGGAGGAGAUGGAUGAGAACGAUGAGGCAGGGGACUCGAUGAGCUCGGGUCAGCAGAAGGACUAUGAUGAUGGGGUCGGUGGUGUUCGGUACGGUACAGUGACAGACCUCUUGUCCUUUGUCAACUUGCUCUCCAACAUGCAGACAGCAGCCCUGCAGCACCUGCCCGAGGAGAUGGGUGUCCUUCUGAACAAGAAGGACAUGGCUGUUAAAAAAGGCCGCUACCAGAUCAACAUGGACGUGCUACUUUUUCCAUGGAAAUUGUCCUACAAGAAUCACGGCACCAGCCUUGUGCCUAAGGGAUCAUUUGGGAAAGUUCACUUGGCUCAGGACACCACCACCAGGAAGAGAAUGGCUUGCAAACUGAUCCCUAUGGAGAACUUUAAAGCAGCCGACGUGGACUUCCAGGCCCGGUUCCGCCACGAGAACAUCGCUGAGCUCUACGGCGCGGUGCUCUGGGACCAGAGCGUCCACCUGUUCAUGGAGGCCGGAGAGGGCGGCUCAGUCCUGGAGAAGCUGGACAGUUGUGGGCCCAUGAGGGAGUUUGAAAUCAUCUGGGUGACCAAGCAAGUCCUGCGGGGCUUGGAGUACCUGCACUCGCACAACAUCAUCCACCACGACAUAAAACCCAGUAACAUUGUCCUGAUGUCAGACAAGGCAGUGUUGGUGGACUUUGGCCUGACAGUGCAGAUGACAGAUGAUAUAUACAUUCCCAGAGACCUGAGAGGAACAGAGAUGUACAUGAGUCCAGAGUUGGUUCUGUGUCGAGGACAUAACACCAAGACGGACAUUUACAGUUUGGGCACUACCAUCAUUCACAUGCAGACUUGUAGCCCUCCAUGGGUCCAGAGAUACCCGCGCACUGCCUACCCAUCCUACCUCUACAUUAUCCACAAGCAGGCCCCCCCUCGGGAGGACAUAGCGGAGGACUGCAGCCUGGCCAUGCGCUCUUUCCUGGAGCGAGCCCUGGAGAGGAACCCUGCUCUGCGGAGCUCGGCGUCCGAGCUGCUGAAGGACGAGGCCAUCAACCCGCCCAGGGAGGAUCAGCCGCGCUGCUGGAGCCUUGACUCAGCCCUGGAGGAGGCCAACCACAUCAUGCUACGGCAGCAGAGCCAGCACCAUGACACCACACAGGAUUCUUCUCUGUACUCUGAGGACUCCGGCCACAUGAAGAGAAAGGGCUCCUUGUACAUUGACCUGGGGGCCUUGUCCGGUUACUGUAAACUGGUGACCGGGCCCCCUAACUCAGAAUAUGGGUAGCACCAGACAACAGCUCACCCUUUUUUAUGUAGCUAAACUUUAGUCAAAGCCAACUACUUCUUAACCUUGUUUUACUGUUAAAUAUAUAAGACAGGUGGACAGUUGCAGGCGACAUGGCUCGUUGAUGAACUGCAAGUGUUUACAAGACUCGAGAUGAAUGGAAUAAGCUCAACCUUGAUGCUGAAAUGGACUGAUGUGACUCAACAGCACUGCAGGACAGUGGUUGGACGAGAAGUCUUGUGUAUUAUUAAGCAUUAACUGUCAGCUAUUGGUAUAAUUUCUCAGAGCUCAGUAUGUUCUAAUGCAUGCUAUAUUUCAGUGUUGUAGUUAACACAGUAAUCAGAUGUAUGCUGUUUUUUUCUCAUGAAACUAUGUCUAAUAGUCGUGGAAAAUAAAUUAUUUAUCACUAAACAUAUGUACGCUAUCUGUUAAAGUAUGUGUGCACUAUGCAAACAUGUCUAUGUAGUUCUUUAUGGACUUCCUCUUGUUAAUUCCUGUGGAAUAUUAAUAGCGUUAUGAUGCUAUGCUACAUCAUGACACUUCUGUGGAAUACUUGUGAUAUCUAAUUUGUCUUUUGUACAUCCUGUGAGGUGAGGACUGCUGUGCUUUUUACAAGAUAAAAAUUGUUACUUUUUAUUUUGUCUUUAGUAUUGAACAUAGAAAUUUCCUAAAGUUUGAAGAUGCAAUCAUGCAAUAAAUGCAAUCAAAUGGAAAUCUGUCUAUGAUAUUUCGGUUCUAUUUCAAGUAGAAAGUUAAACAGAUAUAGGAUAUGCAGUUUCACAACUAAGAGAGAUUCCGGCGAAAUUAAAAUCUUCACCUGAUCAGAAUGUUUCACAAUAAGGGGCGUAAAAUGUGUCCCUUUCUAUGCAAAUAUGUAUCACAAAGAUUAUCGGCGAUAGCCACAUGGAGUUACUGUGAAAUAAUUAGCAUCUCCAGAGAGUUAGUGGUAACUGAAGUGCAAUUCUUAAGGUUUGUCAAGCCCAGAUGUUCCUCCAUUUCAAAUCAUUGCCUCUUCUUUGAAUAAAUAGUUUACCUCU